AGUGCCCAUUAGUCCGCGGCAAUCUCUUGGUGGAAAAGGUUGUGUUGUUUUUAAACGUAAAAGUUUUAUGCGCGUUUUAAAAAGUGUGCAAAGUGAUAAGUGACGAGCAAGGUGCAAAGAUGUAUAAGUGAAGUGAUCGAGUGUGUGUGUACUUUUAAAGGGAUUCAUUUAUUUGGAGUACGAGUGGAUCUUUAUAGGAAGUAUUGUGAUGGUGUAGCGCAUGGGCGGCGCACUGCUGGAGGCGGCGGCGCGCGGGGACGCGGGCCGAGUCGCGAGCCUCCUGCGGGCCGGAGCGCCCGUCGACUGCACCGACGAGAAUGGGUGCAGCGCGCUGCAGCGGGCGGCGGCGGACGGGCACGUGGACGUGCUGCAGCUGCUGCUGGAGCAUGGCGCCGACCCCGACAAGCAGGACCGACUGCACGGCAACACGGCAGCGCACGAGGCGGCGUGGAAGGGCUACUCGCGCGCGGUGGCGACGCUGGCGCGCGUGUGCGACCUGCGCGUGCGCAACGCGGCCGGCUUCGUGCCGCUGCACCUCGCCACGCAGAACGGACACAACCAGUCCGCGCGCGAGAUCCUGCUGGCGGGCGCGCCGCCCGACCUGCAGAACAACUAUGGCGACACUUCGCUGCACACCGCGGCGCGCUACGGGCACGCGGGCGUCACUCGGAUCCUCAUCUCUGCGCAGUGCCGCGUCUCCGAGCAGAACAAAAACGGUGACACGGCGUUACACAUAGCGGCCGCCAUGGGCAGACGAAAACUGACCAGAAUCCUCCUCGAAGCAGGCUGCGACAAGUCCCUCAAGAACCAUCAAGGCGAAACUGCGCGAGACAUCGCCACCAGAAAAGGCUUAGAAGAAAUAAUCAGCAUCCUUAACACACCAGUCGCCAAACAAUCCAAAAAGAAAGACAGGCACAGGGACAAAAGCAAAGAAAGAACUGUAGACGAACCUGAUGACGCUAAGAAAAAAGAUAAAAGCAAAGAUAAAAAAAAGAAAAGUGUGCAUUUCGAAACGCCACAACCUCAAGUGCAAUGGUCGCCGUAUGGAUGUCACUAUUACCCGGACCCCAAAUAUUUCCCCAAACCCAAGUUAAACUCGCUACCCACCGAACCAUUAAAAAAAGGCGAACAAUACUACUUGGACUUAGCAGGGAAUAUAAAGAAAGGUCCAAUCGGAGCCGGAUACACGUGUUAUUGCGCGCCGUUCUUUAAACAUAUGGAAGAAAAGCUCAAUGAAGACAAAAAAGACCUGAAACGUCAUAUCGAUAAAGCUCAUGAGAAAUUAGAUCAGAAAGUUACAGAUUUAGAAAUGAAAACUCAAGGUCAAAUAUCAGAAUUAACGAGAUUCGUUGCUGCCGAAAGAGCUCUGUGUAAGGAGAGGCAUAAACAUUUGGAGCAAUGGUUGUCGCGGGGCAUGAUGUUCAGAGCGUCAGAAAGAGUGAAGAAACUAGACUUCAGUCCAAAAGGAUCGCUAGAUAUACCGCCAAUAAAAAGAACAAGAAGUCUCGAAAUAUUAGAUGGUGGUAACGAUGAAUGGAACAAUGUCAAUAGAAUUAUUAAGAGUUUUAAUGAAAACAUGGCGCAGUGUGAAAAUAUAGCCAAAGAUUUGGAAUAUAAAGCCACAUCUAAAAGUACGGAGGAAUUAGAUAGUAAAUCACCUCGAAGUCCAAGACGGAAGCAAUUGCUUAAAAACUCGAGAAGCAGUGAUCAGUUGGACGUCGGACCCAGUCGGUGUUCUAGAUCUUCCCAUUCCACGCCUCACACAAGUUGCAGUCAAGGUACUUCUCCGAAUGUCACAGCAGAAAUUCACGUUAGAGCUAAUAAAGUCUCCGUAUCACAAUCCCCAGUAUCUGACCUCCCGUAUAACGAAAGACACUUAUCGUCAUGCAGAAACAUGGCAGCCGUAUCUUCAAGUAGCAGUCAUCAUCCAUCAGAUUUCAUAGGUACCAACAACCCAGAGGAACACAUAACAAAUAGUCAAAUAGACCAACAAAAUGAAACUACGUGGAAAAGUCAAGUAUUACAAAGAACAGCAGAUGAUAUUCGAAAACGGGUGGCACUGGAAAAAGAAAUGUCCGAUGUUCUGGUAAGAAAUACAAAAUCACUGGACAUUUCUCAGGAUGGUUACAUAAAAUUUUCUAAACAACCUGACUACAGGGAAGACUGCAACAAAGAGAGGGAACCUCGUAGAUCAGUUCAAGAAUUGGUAGCUCAGGUGGAACAUCAACAGAGACACAUAUCACCGGAAAGAAAUCCGUUACCCAGAAAAGUAACAGAAAAGGAAGCAACUGUGCCAAUUAAAACAAAACCUGUUAUCUUAAAAAUGCCACAACAGCCGUUAAGACCAGCACCAAUAUUGAAAGAUAAACCACCAAAAUCCAAACGUUUCAGUCUGCAUAAUUUAAUACCAUUCCCGACGAGAAAAUCCUUUCACACUCCGCCCAAAGAAAAUGGCAAUAAUUCAGAGAGUAGCGAUGAAGACGACAAUCCUAUACGGAGUAGAAACCAACCUGGUCCGAUGAGGAAUACCAAUCUGCUUCAAACUUUACCUCUCCCAAAUUACGAGACCAUGUCAAUAAAGUCUCAGUCCCCAGCGCCCCAAGUACAAACUCAUAACUACCCUCACGAUUUAAGAAUGAUCCCAAAAGACGCUUACUUCCACGACAUACCCAAUAGACAAGUACCUCAUCAGAUGCCGUAUAUGCAGGAAAACGGUCUCCCAUACCCUCAACAUCCGUGCCAGAGUCAAUUCGAUUAUAACGAACCUGGUUUACCUCAGGGGCAGGUCGAAGGCCGCAACAGAAACCCUAUACACCAUCAUCAGACAGGGGUUUUUAGCGCUAUGAUGCAAGACCAUAUUAUAAGAGAAAUCGAACGAAUACCACAUUGCUACAGUGACCACUUAGAUCAGAACACUGAAGUUGAAAUAGCCAACCAAAACGAUCACUUUCGCGGUGGUUACUACGAUAACCGUCCACCAAUGUACUCAGGAUUCCGACCCAACCCAAACGCUGUGAGGAAACCAACACCAGAUCACAGUUUGCUGCACAGUCGGCUCCAAUCAUUAGCUAUUAACACACAUUUGACGGAAACUCAAAGUCAAACCGACAGAGAAUCUCAUAAUGAUUCAGGUUACAGCACGAAGGUAUAUGGGAGUUCCCAAGGGCCGUCUCCGAGUCUAUCUGGUCACGUAGAUGAUAAUUUGUCAGGUCAAAGGGUUAAUGUGAUGCCUAAUAAUAAAGAAGCUGGCGGACAAGUAGGCGCAUCGAGCUUAGUGUAGGAGUGCACGAAACAAAAUAACACACACAACUUUAUCUGUAAGACUUGAGAAGUGUCUUGGAAUUUUACGAACAAUCGGAUUCGAGGUAAAGAAUAUCUUAACAUAAUGUUUGCCUUAAGAAAUCUAAAAAUAAAUAAUAGUUAGAUGGUUUGAAUAAACCUUGGCAAUGCCUAACAAGUGCACUGAAAAAAGCACCCUAAAUUAUUUACAAAUGUUUUAACUAAAAGUACAAAUUUGAUUUAGCAAAUACCUAAUCGAUGCCAUGUAUCACAAAUAAUGUAUAGAGUUAAAUGUAAUAUAAUUAUAAAGCUAAGGACUGAACCAUAUAAAGAAUUAUUUUCGAAAAAAUAUAAUAUUUUUAUAUGAACAGUCCAUAUUUUUUGUAUGUACCUACUUACUUAUUUAUGUAUUAUAACUCUAAGAAUGUGUUUUGUAAUAUACUUAUUACUUAUAUUUAUUUCUAAUACUUCAUCUAUGGUUUGUACUGAUUUUAAUAAAUGCACUUGAAGUGUGAAUUAAAA